AUGCCAUCUACUUUCAGAGCCUCGCGCUCAGGGCGACACCUCGACACCUCUAAUCGUUCCCGAACCGGCCAAAUCGACCACGAUGUCUUUGAAGGCCUUCCCGUCCGCCGCUGGUCGCGCCAGCCACACACCGUCUCCCAGGCCCCCAAAGGCGAAGACUCCGAGCUGGGUGAAGGCCCCGGUGGAAAUAAUGCGCUCCCAGAGUUGCCCAUGCCACGAGACAGCCAGCUCCUACCCGCCAUGAGUCUUGAGAAGGAGAAGGAGGAAGGCACAGACGGGGAGGACCAGGGUGCAGCGUCUCAUUUGGCGGACCGCAGCUUCACGAGCCGCAAGUGGACGACCCUGCCUAAGCAUUUGGAGCCUGCGGAGGUGGAAUUCCUGGCGAAGAGACGGCCAGGACUGACUUCGCUGUAUGGAAAUGAGGGUGGCGCGAUACCGGGUCCUAUGAGGAAGACGAAGAUUAAGCGGACUGAUCCCGAGAAUGGCGGCAUCUCUAUUUAUGAGGUUUGGGUGCCGGAGGGUCAUCGUAUUGAGGGAGAGAUCACCGGUGAUGUCCAGACUAUUGCUGAGCAAAGUGAAGUCCCUGUGACGGCGGAGACCCCGGCUCCAGGAACCGUCGUGGAGGGCGUUGGUGUCGUCAAUGCAGAGGGUGUGGUUGUUGCCGAGGCUGGCUCUGCAGCCGUUAUGACACCUCCCAAGCGCCGACCACCCCCUCCCAAGCGCAAGGGUAAGGGUAUUGGCAAGGGCCGGAAGAAGAAAGUCAUGUUUGCACCGGGUGAGGGAGCCGACGCUGCGACAGUGCACGGCGUUACUCCUGUUGACGGGGCCGUUGCGGGUGUCAAGGAGGGAGAGGAUCCCUCGCGGAUGUCUGUGGAUCAGUCCGGUCAAGAAGAAGAUGAGGAUGAUGGUGAAGAAGGAGACGAGAGCGACGAGGGUGAUGAGUCCAUGAUGGAUGCAAAGACCCCAGAGACACCCCAGGCCCCGCCGAGCACUGAGCUUGUGGAGCAGCCUGCAGCGGAGACCCCUGCGGAGCAAUCGAAGGAUGUCGAAAUGGCCGACGCUCUCCCUGAUAUACAACCCUCCGUUUCAGAGCCAGCGAUUGCUAGUCAAGAACCACUCCCACAACCACCAAUCGCACCUGCAGUGCAGGCGGAGACCUUCAAAACAGAUGCUGAGAUUUCCACGUCCAUCCCUGCCUCUGUAACGCCCACCCCUGGUGAAGAAACCGAAGCACCCAGUGAACAACCUGGUCAGAAUACAUCACUAGAGACACCCGCUCCAACAGAACCCGUUACACCCGCAGCUCUAUCAACAGCUGAACCAACUCCAAAGGAAGAAUCACAAGCUCCAGAGCCUACUAUCGGACAGGAGGCUACUCAAGAGCUUGCCGAUGCUACGCCGGUCGAGGUCAAGCCGGAACCAACACCGCAGCCUACUGAAGAGAGUGUCCCGGCUCCCGCAUCUGCCAGCCCUGAAAAGCCCGAAGAAACGCCAUCAGAACCUCCCAAGCAGGCAGAACCGGAGCAGCCAAUUGAUGAAGUUCCAGCUGCACAGCCUGAGCCAGUAAUCGAUGAAACAGCGCACCCCCCAGUUGAAGAGCCGAACCCCACAAUUGAGCCGGCUUCUGGCCCCGAUAUCACAGAAUCCCACCAGGCUCCAGCUGCUCUCGAGACUGUCUCCGCCCCAGCAGAGGUCAAGGAGGACGUGGAGAUGGGAGAUGCGCCUCCCGCGGAGGAGCCUGCGGCAGCCCAGCUCCCUGUCAAAGAACCUUCACCUUCGCCAGCUUCACCCGUCGAGACCGAGCCUGAAGCUAAGCCUGAGCCCGAGUCCGCCCCAGUUCAGACGGCGGAACCUUCUGUGCCUGAAGCGGCUGCACCUGAAGUCUCCGAGCCCGCGGUGCCCGAAGCCAUACCUCUGUCAGAACCUCAACCAGAGGAGCCGCUGGCACCAUUACCAACCCCGAUUCCGGAAGCAGCUUCUCCAGCUGAACCAGAGACGGCCCCUGCUGCAGAAUCUGCACCAACGGAAGAAGAGCCCACGUCCGGGACUCAGGAUGCGGCUGAGGAGAAGAAGGACGAACCAGAGCCAGAGUCAGAGCCCAAGGCUGACCCUGCACCAGCGUCUGAGGCUUCAUAG